AUGGCAGAGAUUGGGGAAGCGGCCCAGGACCGGCUGUCCCCGGGCCUAGGGAGGACUGGCAACCACCGAGAUGCAUCUCCCCGGGGCGCCUGGAGAGGCCCCGGAAGUAGCGGGGGGCUCCGCCGGGAGUCGGUGACACACUUCCGGCCUAGGCGCGCCCCGGGGAGAGUCCGCACAUGCCGGAGAAAGGUGCGUUCGGCCCUGAGCGCCCCGAGGCGCGGCAGUGACGCCGAGGCCGCAGCCUGGGUGAUGGCUGCGAGGUCCAGGGACGCCGCGUCGCCCCUGCGUGACGGACUUUUGACAGUGAAGGUGGAGGAAAACUCACCCGGAGGUCGAGAGCACCACCCGCCCAGGGCCUGCGAGGGCCCGGAAACUUCUCGACAGCGCUUUAGGCAGUUGCGUUACCAGGAGGUGGCUGGACCGGAAGAAGCGCUGAACCGACUCCGAGAACUUUGUCGUCGGUGGCUGAGGCCCGAGAUGCACUCGAAGGAGCAGAUCCUGGAGCUGCUGGUGCUGGAGCAGUUCCUGACCAUCCUGCCCGAGGAACUGCAGUCCUGGGUGCGGGAGCACUGCCCGGAGAGCGGGGAGGAGGCUGUGGCCGCGGUGCGGGCUCUUCAGAGAGCGCUUGGUGGGACCUCGCCCCAGGGGAUGGUGACAUUUGAGGACGUGGCUGUGGCUCUAACCUGGGAGGAAUGGGAGCAUCUGGACCCAGCUCGGAAAGACUUCUGCAAGGAGAGCACACAGAAGGAAUGUGGGACCACAGUCCCGCCCAGUUUGGAGAGCACACCUGAGAACAAACAGCUGAUUCUAAAGCAAGAGAUAUUAGAAGAAGCUGAGCCACAGGGGUGGCUACAAGAAGUGUUGCAGGGGAAGCCCCGCCUGUUUUCUGAGCAUGGUGAUACCCAUGAGGACAGGCUAGAAAAGCAAUCAAGAAACCCCUCAACACUGAAACUUGAAAAUUCUCCUGAAGAGCAAGGACUCACCAGCAUCUUAGAUCUCAACAAGAAUGGUUCCACAGAAGGGAGAGACUCUAAAAAUAAUGAAUCUGGGAACGGUGCCAGAUAUUCCAACUUUGUUCUUUGUCAGCACAUUCAGAAAGCACAGGGGCCCAUUGAUGGUGAUGAACAUGGGAACAAAUGCAAACAGAGUUUAGAUAUGGUGAGACAUCAUGUGGUGAAACCUCACAAGUCUACUGACAGUGGAGAAAAUGCCCAUCGUUCUAGGCUAUCUGAGACCCAGAGGUGGUUCCGUGAAGAAAGACCUUAUAAAUGUGACAACUGUGAGAAGAGUUUCAAACAACGUUCUGACCUCUUUAAACACCAUAGAAUCCACACAGGUGAGAAACCCUAUGAAUGCCAAGAAUGUGGGAAAAGCUUCAGUCAGAGUGCUGCCCUGAUUAAACACCAGAGGACACACACAGGUGAGAAGCCUUAUACCUGUCCAAAAUGUGGGGAACGUUUUAGACAGAGUUCACAUCUAAAUCGGCAUCAAAGAACUCACAAUGGAGAGAAAUAUUAUAAAUGUGAGGAAUGUGGGGAAAGCUGCCAUAUUUCCAACCUUUUUAGACAUCAGAGACUGCAUAAAGGGGAAAGACCCUAUAAGUGUGAAGAAUGUGAGAAGAGCUUCAAGCAGCGCUCUGACCUCUUUAAACAUCAAAGAAUACACACUGGAGAGAAGCCUUAUGGAUGUUCUGUCUGUGGGAAAAGCUUCAGUCAGAGUGCAACCCUCAUUAAACACCAGAGAACUCACACUGGAGAAAAACCUUAUAAAUGUCUUCAAUGUGGGGAAAGAUUUAGACAAAGUACACACCUUAUCCGACACCAAAGAAUACAUCAAAAUAAAGUCCCAUCAUUUUGAUAUGCUUCUGCA